AUGGGCAACUGCUGCGGCGCCCGGGGCGCUACUGGCCCCACUCCUGGAGCGUGGCCACGGCCCGGGGACCCCGGCUACGUGGCUCCUGGUGCCAGCCACGGGCUCGCGGGCAGGGGAGCUUCCCGGCCCCCGGCGCCGCUCGGCGCCUUUGUGUCCCGCAGGAGCCCCCAGCUCCUGCUCUGCAACCGGGUGCAGGUGACGCGGCACCAGCAGACGAGGGACAGGGACCUCCUGCUCUUCCCGAACACCAUCGCCGUCGCCAGCUUCAGGUGGGGCUCCACCUUCCUCCUGAAGCACCGGGUGCCCCUCAGCGAGCUCUGGGUGCUGUGUGUGGAGGACGAGGCGGCGUGCGGGCGGGAAGACGAGGAGGUUUUUGGCCUGAAAUGUGCCAACAGCCUCGUCCUCGUGUGGCCCGGAGACGUCUGCGUGGUCACUUUCCGGCGUGGGCAGAGCAAGCAGAGGCCCCGCUCGGGUUGCGGAGGCCCCGGCGGCAGCUCCGGGAGCGCACGAGGCCCGGCCCCCGGCACGUCCCGGCGGCUCCGCUCAGCCCGCGACACCGAGCUGGGCGCUCCGAGCAGGGGCUCUGGUGCUGGCGGCGCGGAGCGGGGCCACGCGGGCGAGCCGUGCCCGGGGCUGGGCCUCCGCAGAGCGGGAGGGGCCGCGGCGGGCUCUGAGGCGGCUUCUCCUUCUCGCUGCAGGUCGCGGGAGGUGAAGGAGCUGUGGGUCAGUGCCGUGCUCGGGCGAAGCGGAGGAGCCCAGGAGACCCGCGUCACCCGCCUGGCCUCCCUGCGGUUCCUGGUGAAGGUCGUUGGCUUCUACUGCCCCUCGGCGUUGCUGAGCGCCCGGACCAUCGAGGUGCUGAUUUCGGCGGAGGCGGCCACCGAGCAAUGCCCAGUCUUGGCCCCAUCGGCUCCUGAGGAGGGACUUUGCCACUCUCCUGCAGAUGGGACUAAGAAAAGGAAGAGGCUGAUCCCGUGGCCGUUCGCUCGGAGGCGAGCCUCGGCCAGUGGGGCCUGUGCAGAGCAACCAGACUCUGGCCUCAAGAGCCCCCUGUUUGGGCAGCCUCUGGGCAGUCUUUGUGGGGAAGAGGAGACCCUGCCCCAGCCGGUCCAGGAUCUCCUGGCCAUAUUGUACAGGGAAGGGCCUGCCACUGAGGGGAUAUUCCGCAAGGCUGCCAGUGAGAAAGCGCGCAGGGAACUGAAGGAGGCCCUCGACAAAGGGGGCACCAUUGACUUGGACAGCAAACCUGUGCACCUCUUGGCUGUCAUCUUGAAGGACUUCCUGCGCAAUAUCCCUUCCCAACUCCUGUCGGCAGCCCUGUUCGAGAAGUGGAUGCUGGCUCUUGAAAAGCCAAGCAGGGAAGAAAAGAUUGAAGAAUUGAAAGAGGUGGCUGACCAACUGCCACGGCCAAAUGUCCUAUUGCUCAAGCCCUUGCUUGCUGUGCUCCACCACAUAAGCCAGAAUGCAGAGACCAGCAGGAUGGACUCCAGCAACCUUGCCAUCUGCAUAGGGCCCAACGUGCUGAGCCCAGGCACAGAUAGCACGCUGCCACUGCAAGUCCAAAUGGAGAGGAAUGGCAAGGUGAAGGCGCUGGUGGAGUUUCUUAUUGACAACUGCACAGCAAUAUUUGGGGAGGACUUGGCCUUGCCUGGCAGCCCCUCUGCUGAAGACUGCCCCGAGCACACCGGCAGCUCCGCAGGACAUGUAGGGGCUGCUCCUGCUCAGGAGGAUGCUUCUGCCCAAGACAAGGCAGGGCCUGAAGCUAGAUGCGAUUCUCCAACCUGUGAGAUGCAUCAGCCCAGUGGGAGAAGCCCCAGCAGGAGCAGGACGUAUGCAACAUGUGUCUCUGCCCCUCCGGUGCCUCAUUUGAAAAGUGACAUCAGCGUAAUGCACAGGAGCAGCUCAGAACCAGCCCUGUCCUUUGAGAACCCCUCAGAGGGCAGCAGAAGGCACCAGAAACGGAGCAGGAGCGUGGACAGUGUUGCUGCUGUGCAGCAACAGGUGAACUUGGCGAGGGAGGCACUGGGAGAGCAGCCUGCCAUCGUGCCCACACAAUUAUUAGAGGGCGCUCCACCCCUGACGUCCUCCAGGCGCUCCCUGCAGAGCUGCUGUCCUGCUGCCCAGGGCUCCUCCAUCAUUCCCCUGGAACUUGCUGCCAUUCCCUCAUGCUGCUUCGGGGCUGCGAGAACCAUCUGAGCAGUCACCAGCAUUCCUAUUGCAUGCCAAGCCUGGGUGAGAAGCCAUCAGAGCCCAGUGAGGUCAUUGUGGACAUGGAAGGAAAUGAAAGAGGGAAAGAGAAAGAAGAAGGAAGACACAAAGGCAAGAAAGACCAAGGCAAAAAGCAAGGGAAGAAUAACAGAAAGGAAAAAUUCAAAAGCAAGGAAGAGAACAUGAAGGAUAGCAAGGAAAUGGAAAGAAAACCCAGGGAAAGAAAUCAGGGAAAAUGAACUAGAGGAAAAAGGAAGAAAAAGCAAGGCAGGAGAGAAGGAAAGGAAAAGGAAGAAAAAUCAAAAGAAAGGAGGGAAAAAGAGGGAAGGGAGAAAUAGGGAAGGGCCAAAGAAGGGCCCAAGAGGGAAGUGCCAAAGAAGGAAGGGCCGAGCAGAGAAGGGAAAAAGGAAGGUAAAGCAGGAGAGUAAAAAUGCAAGGAGAAAAUGAAAAGGGAAAUGGAGAAAGGAAGACGAAAUGGAGAGAAACUAAAGGCAAGGAGAAAGGAAAGGGCAAAAUAAGGAGAAUAAAGGAGAGCAAGCCAAGGAAUAAGGGAGAGAAAAGGAGAGGGAACUGAGUGAAAAGAGAGAAAAGAGAGCUAAGAAAGGUAAAAGGGAGGAAGAAAAGAAAAGGAAAAGGGCAACAGAAGGAAAAAAAAAAAGGGAGAAUGAGGAGGAGGAACAAAAGGGGAAAACCCUGAUAAAAGGUGCCAAAGCAAGGAGGAUAAGAAAGAAGGAAAGGAAGAAGGGGGGGAAAGGAAGGAAGUGAAAGAAGAAGGAGGGGAUAGAAUCAGGAGAGGUGAGACCAAGGAGAGGUAAAAAGAAGGCAGGGGAAAAAGGAGGAGAAAAAAGGGCAGGUAAGAAAGAAGGGGGAAAAAAGGAAGGGAAAAUAGAGGGUAAAUAAGGAGGGCAAAUAAGAAGGAAGGAGAAGAAAAGAGGGGCAAAAGAAGGAGAGGAGACUCAAGGAGGGUCAAAAAGUAGGAGCUGCAAAAGCUAGAGGGGAAAGAACAAGGGAGGACAAAAUCAAGGGAGAGCAAAAGCAAGGGAGAGAGAGCACUAAAGGGCAAAUGACCAGGAGGACAAUUAACAAGGGGAAAGAAGAAGGAAGGGAAAAGAAGGAUGUGAAAAAAGGAAGGUAAAAAAGAGGGAAGGGAAAGAGCAAGGAUGAGAAAGAAUAAGGAGGAGAAAGAAAAAGGAGCACAAAUAACAAGGGGAGGAAAGAAGGAGGCAGGCGAGAAAGGAGAAGGACCAAAAAUGAGAGAGAAAAAACUAGGAGGGGAAGAAACUAGGAGCAAGCCAAGCUAAAACUAGGAAAGAAGAAAUGAGGAGAGCAGGAAGAGGGAAAGGAGAUGAAGCAAGAGAGAAAAAGAAACCCCCAGGAACGAAAAAAAGCAAGGCAAGAAAUAAUGUAAGGAGCAAGGCAGGGGAAAAGUAAAAAGAAGGGAAGAAUAAAGGAAAGAAAGGGGAAGUACAGAAGGAAAGUAAGAGGAAAGUAGAAAGGAAAGAAGAAAGGGGAAAGCAAAUAAAAAAGGGAAGACUGGAGCAGGAAAAGUUGGAAGAGAGAAAGAACAAAAGGCAAGAAAAAGCAAGGCAAGAAAAAGCAAGGCCAGGGCAUAGAGAAACAGAAAGUCAAACAAGGACAGAUGGAAGGAAGGUAAGAAAGGAAGGAGCCCGCCACCCUGCCCAAAGGAGGAAAGAGCAACGAGGAAAGCAAGCGAAGGAAAGAGAAAACAAGGGCAGGGGAAGAAGGAGAGAAAGGAGGAAAGGAAGGAGGAAGAUGAGAAGGGAAAGAAUAGAGGGAAAGCAAGGAAAAAGGAAAACCACGGAAGGAAACCAGGAAAGAAAACAGAAGAAAGAAGGCGAGUGAAAAAGGAAGAGAGCGGAAAAAGGGAAGACUAAAGGAAAAAUGGGAAAUGUAAAAGAGGAAGGAAACAGGGAGGAAAAAAAAACGGUGAAGAAAAGUAAGGAAAGAAGAGUAAGGGAGAAGGAAAAAAGGAAGAGAACUAAAGAAAAUAAAGGAAAGGAAAAUGGACAAGAAAAAAAGGAAUGAAGAAACUAGGGGAGGAAAAGAAAAUAAUGAAAGGAGAAAAAAACUGAAAGAAAAAUAAGAGAAAAGAAUAAAACAGAGAUGGAAAGAAAGAAGAAAGGAAAGGGUAAAAUGAAAGAAGGGAAGUAGAAGAAGGGAGAGAAAGAAAGGAAGAAAGGAAAGCUAAAAGCCUAUAGGAAAAGUAAAAAGCAAAGAAAGAGAACACCAGAGGAAAAGAGCAAAGAAGACUCAAAUGAAAGAGAGAGAAUCAAAGGAAAAAGAAAGCCAAGACAAAGGAAGGAAAAGGGAAAGAGAAGAAAAGGAAACCAAAGGAAAAAAAGAGGAAAUGAAAGGGAAAAGGGAAAGUAAUGAAAGCACAAGAAGGGGAAA